GGCAACUAAAAACACCACAGGCUUGAACAACAACAGGCCAUCUCAAGCCAUGGCGGUGUUUGUUGCCAUUUACCACCAAAAAAUACCUCUUUAACUCGUCGAAGAAAUCCGAAAUUUGCCGAGGAGAGAGAAAAAUCAGUUGUUGAUCACUUGCAGCGAAGAUGGAGAAGGAAGAAACGGUGAAAUUGAUCAGCUCUGAGGGCUUCGAAUUCGUCAUCGAUAGGAAAGCUGCUAUGGUUUCUCAAUUUCUUCGCAAUUUGCUUACUUCUCCAGGGAAUUUUGCUGAAACGGAAAAUGGUAUAGUGAGAUUUCCGGACAUUAGUACUACUAUAUUGGAGAAAAUUUGUCAGUAUUUCUAUUGGUCUCGUCAGUAUGCUAGUGGAAAGGAGACCGAAUUCCACAUUGAACCUGAACUUACUCUGGAUCUGAUGAUGGCUGCUAAUUAUCUUCAUACAUGAGAAGAAUUUCCUUCUCUUUCUUAUCGUGGCAUUCUCUAUUUAAUGUGGAGUGCUCAAGGAUGCCUCUUAAGAAGUAUGGAAUUUCAGAAAUUUACUGCUUAUCCUCGUGUCUUUGCUGUUAACUCUGGUCCCUGGAGCUCUCAGUACAGGGACCUGGUGUAGAUUGUGUUGUAGGAUUAGGACUGAUUGUUAUUGACUCACAGAAAGUUCGUCUUGGAUACUGAAACUGAAGUAUAUAACAUCUUAAUUCAGACUAAGAAGAGAACUUGUAUGCUUAAUAAUCCGGAAGUUAUCUACUCUUGUCUGAUAUUGACUGGGAACUGUUGUUUGCUUCUACCUUUCUUCAUCCAUGCAUUAUGUAGUCGUUAGUCUUUCGCCCCUAUGGCAGGACGGAUUUUAUGGUAAUGGAUAUUUUACAAAAAGUAUUGGGGAAUGGAUAAAUGAUUCAAUCUUA